GUGAAUUAUUUAGUUAAUUAUUGUAAAAUUAGAUUUUAUUUUUUAAUAUCAAUUAGAUUAAGAUUAUUUUUAAUUAGAUUAAAGUUUUUAUUAACAGAUUUAGUGUAUUUUAUUGAAUGAGAAAUUUUAAGAUUACAGUCUAUAUCUAUUGUUAUAACAUUUUUAUUUGAUUGAAUAAGCUUAAUAUUUAUAUCUUUUGUUUUGUUAAUUUCUUCUUUAGUAAUUUUUUAUAGAAAUCAAUAUAUAGAAGAGGAUUAUAAUAUUAAUCGGUUUAUUUUAUUAGUAUUAAUAUUUGUAAUAUCUAUAAUAAUGCUAAUUAUUAGACCAAAUUUAAUUAGAAUUUUAUUAGGAUGAGAUGGCUUAGGUUUAGUUUCUUAUUGUUUAGUUAUUUAUUUUCAAAAUGUAAAGUCUUAUAAUGCUGGUAUAUUAACUGCUUUAUCCAAUCGAAUUGGGGAUGUGGCUUUAUUAUUAGCUAUUGCUUGAAUAUUAAAUUAUGGGAGUUGAAAUUAUAUUUUUUAUUUAGAUAUAAUAAAAAAUAAUAUGGAAAUAAUAAUUAUUGGAGGAUUAGUUAUAUUAGCUGCUAUAACUAAAAGUGCUCAGAUUCCUUUUUCUUCUUGAUUACCAGCAGCAAUAGCUGCUCCUACUCCUGUUUCUGCUUUAGUUCAUUCUUCAACUUUAGUAACAGCGGGGGUUUAUUUAUUAAUUCGAUUUAAUGAUGUUUUAAUAAAUUGAUGAAUAGCUCAAUUUUUAUUAUUAGUUUCAGGAUUAACUAUGUUUAUAGCAGGAUUAGGUGCAAAUUUUGAAUUUGAUUUAAAAAAAAUUAUUGCUUUAUCAACUUUAAGACAAUUAGGUUUAAUAAUAAGUAUUUUAUCUAUAGGAUUUUAUAAAUUAGCUUUUUUUCAUUUAUUAACUCAUGCUUUAUUUAAGGCAUUAUUAUUUAUAUGUGCAGGUUCUAUUAUUCAUAAUAUAAAAAAUUCUCAAGAUAUUCGAAUAAUAGGAAGUUUAAGAAUAAGAAUACCGUUAACUUGUAGUUGUUUUAAUGUAGCUAAUUUAGCUUUAUGUGGUAUACCUUUUUUAGCUGGAUUUUAUUCUAAGGAUCUUAUUUUAGAAAUAGUUAUGUUAUCUUAUGUAAAUGUUUUUUCGUUUUUUCUUUUUUUUUUUAGUACAGGAUUAACUGUAUGUUAUUCAUUUCGGUUAGUUUAUUAUUCAAUAACUGGUGAUUUUAAUAGUAGAAGAUUACAUCCUUUAAAUGAUUCAGGUUGAACUAUAUUAUUUAGAAUUUGUUUUUUAACUGUUAUAGCAGUAAUUGGUGGAAGUAUAUUAAGAUGGUUAAUGUUUUUAAAUCCUGCAAUAAUUUGUUUACCUUUAGAAAUAAAGUUAUUGACUUUAUUUGUCUGUAUUGUUGGAGGCUUAAUAGGAUAUUUAAUUAGAGACGUAAAAUUAUUUUUUACUAAUAAGGCUUUAUAUUUUUAUAAUUUUACUAAUUUUGUUGGGUCUAUAUGAUUUAUACCUGUUAUUUCUACAUUAGGUGUAAUUAAUUAUCCAUUAAAGUUAGGAUUAUAUUCUUAUAAAAGUUUCGAUCAAGGUUGAAGAGAAUUUUUUGGUGGGCAAAUAGUAUAUUCUCAGUUAAAAAAUUAUUCUUUAUAUCUUCAAGAAUUUCAAAGUAAUAGUUUAAAAAUUUAUUUAUUAAGUUAUAUAUUGUGAUUUAUUAUUUUAUUAAUAUUAGUUGUAUUAGUAAAUUAA